ACUCGGAUGACAUUGACAGAUAACAAUUUUAUUAAACCUCGUGUAAGUUGUAGGAUUUCCGCUAAUUUUUUAGGAACAAAAUCCAAAAAAUAUAUAGAGAUAACUUAAAUAAAUAUGGCGCAAAGUAAGUUAAACGAUCUGGCCGGAAAAUUCGGUAAGGGUGGUCCACCCGGAUUAGGAUUAGGAAUGAAACUAUUGACUAUCGGAGGUCUUGCGGCUUACGGAGUUUCUCAAUCUAUGUACACAGUGGAAGGUGGUCACCGAGCUAUUAUAUUUAAUAGAAUUGGAGGUAUUCAAAAAGACAUUUACACAGAGGGACUGCAUUUUCGUAUACCGUGGUUUGAAUAUCCUAUAAUUUUUGAUAUCAGAUCUAGACCUAGAAAGAUUUCUUCCCCAACUGGUUCUAAAGAUCUUCAAAUGGUUAACAUUUCUUUGAGAGUAUUGUCUAGACCAAACGCUAGCCAACUUCCAUUUGUAUACAGGCAGCUUGGUUUAGACUAUGAUGAGAAAGUGCUUCCAUCUAUUUGCAAUGAAGUCCUAAAAUCAGUUGUUGCCAAGUUCAAUGCCGCCCAACUAAUUACUCAAAGACAGCAAGUUUCUCUUUUAGUGCGAAGAGAGUUAGUUGAAAGAGCGCAGGAUUUCAAUAUAAUUUUAGAUGAUGUUUCUAUCACAGAAUUGUCGUUUGGCAAAGAAUACACAGCAGCUGUUGAAGCUAAACAAGUAGCUCAACAAGAGGCACAGAGAGCUGCAUUUGUGGUAGAAAGAGCUAAACAAGAAAGACAGCAGAAAAUUGUACAAGCUGAAGGUGAAGCUGAAGCCGCACAAAUGUUAGGUCAAGCAAUCUCACAAAAUCCUGGUUAUCUGAAACUCAGAAAAAUUAGAGCUGCUCAAAAUAUUUCAAGGACUAUUGCUAAUUCUCAAAAUAAAGUAUAUUUGAGUGGUAACAGUCUUAUGCUGAACAUUUCUGAUAAAGAAUUUGAUGAUCAGAGUAACAAAUUGAAAAGUGGUUAUGGGCCUAGGGAUUUUGAUGCAAUGUUGGAUAGUAAGCGAGAUAAAUUGUCUAUAUUGACGCUAUCUCGUUUUGCAGCUGAGAGGAUUUCGCCAAAAAAUUACACCUAAGCAUAUAGUUUUUUACUACUUUAUAUACUCUCCAGCAUUUAUUUCAGUAAUUUUUGUUAAUGAAGCACUUAAUAGAAUAGAAUUUAAUGUUAUUAAAAUAUUUUUAUACAGUUU